UAAGCUCGAGCUGAAUUCACCGCUGGGGGCGGGGUGGGAGGACUGGAAACCGAUCUGGAGCGUUGGGUGAGGGUGCGCCUGGGGAAAUCGGACCAACCAGGCCCUGAGAGGGCUGGCUUCCCAUGGGUAACCUGCCAGGGGAGCUAUGCGCUCGGGGCUUCUGCACUUCUAGUGGAGCCUGUCUCAGGGAAGUCUGAGGCGCUCGCCAGGGCUGGCGUCACUCCCCCAGCUCCAGAGUCCAGGAAAACCAAGCAGGGAAACAGAACAGAUCAUGAGGUCAGUGUGGGCCUCCCUCCCCCAACACCGCUGGCUGCUUCUGGCGAUGCUCUUUCUUGAGGUUGUGGGCUAUGACAUACUAUUUGACCCCGACUGGGGGUUUGACUCGUAUGAAAUCACCGUUCCCAAAGAGCUAAGGUUUAGGAAAGGGGAGCAGGGUAUGGACAGUUCUUUGUGGUACCUCUUACAGAUACAAGGCAAGAAGCAUGUCAUUCACCUGUGGCCCAAGAAGUUACUGUUGCCCAGACAUUUGCCUGUUUUCUCCUUCACUCAAGAGGGCAGUUUGGUAGAGGAUUACCCACAUGUACCAAACGAGUGCAAUUACGUGGGCUCCGUGGAAGGUUCUCAGGAAUCUGGAGCUACUCUGAAUACAUGCAUGGGGGGUCUGCGAGGCAUCUUGAACAUAGACUCCAGUUAUUACCAAAUCGAGCCCCUCAGGGCAUCUUCCAGUUUUGAACACGUUGUGUAUCUCCUAAAUAAGGAAGAAUUUAGCAAUCAGAGCUGUGGUGUGGUUGAUGAAGAAACCAAGGAGGAAACCGCCCAGCAAGAGGAAAUGGCUAGAAUAGAAAGCUUUCAUCAAUCCUACCAUCACCAAAAGAUCUUGGAACUGGUCAUGGUCUUUAAUUGGGAGAGAUUUGUGUUUUUACAAAAGAAUUUUUCUAGAGUCGUUGAUGAUGCUAUUCUUCUAGCUGCAAUUGUGGAUACCUACUUUCAGGACGUCGGGAUGAAGAUCCAGCUAAAAGCACUUGAAGUUUGGUCGAAUAAUGACAAAAUUUUUACUCACUUUCCCACUCUGGCUGAAGUGUUAGGUCAGUUCGUACUGUACAAAAGAAUAGCGUUGCAUUUCCGGCUUCCCUCAGACUGGGCACAUCUGUAUCUUGGAAUACAUUAUUCAGAUGCUGUUGCAUGGUCCUGGGGAAGAGCAUGUGAAGAGUACCAUGCUGGAUCAGCAAGCAGCUUACUUGAUGUAAAUAUCCUAGGACCUGCUACCUGGACUGCUCAUGAAGUGGGCCACUGUGUGGGAAUGAGACAUGACGAGGAGUACUGUCAAUGCAGAGGUAGGAAGAGCUGCGUCAUGGGUACAGGACGUACAGGGUUUAGUAACUGUAGUUAUCAUCAGUAUUUUAAACAUGUAGGUUAUAAAAUGUCGCAUUGUCUAUCUGACAUCCCAGGACGAGGCUAUGUGGUUGAGAGAUGUGGAAACAAAAUUGUUGAAGACCAGGAGGAAUGUGACUGUGGUUCCACAGAAGACUGCAAGGAAGACCUGUGCUGCAGGCCAGACUGUAAAUGGAAAGAAGGUGUCAACUGCUCCACGGGGCUCUGUUGUCAUAAGUGUGACUUUCUUCCAGCAGGCCAUGUGUGCAGGGGGGAAGAGAACGAAUGUGACCUUCCUGAGUACUGCGACGGGUUCUCGGCCGUCUGUCCAGAGGACGUUUACAAGCAGGAUGGAACUCCCUGCAAACACGAAGGACUUUGUUUCAAUAAGGGAUGCAGAUCCAGGUACAUGCAAUGCCAGGGCAUUUUUGGAACCACUGCCAAGGAGGCUCCUCACCAAUGUUAUGAUGCAGUUAAUAUGAUAGGCGAUCAGUAUGGUAACUGUGGCAUCUUAAAUGCUACUCGAUAUCAAAGGUGUAAUAGGGACAACGCAAUCUGUGGCAGGCUACAGUGUAUGAAUGUUAAAGCCAUCUCCAAUUUGCCAGAUCACUAUACUAUACUGUCCACCUAUCUGAAGACAGAUAAUCUCCUAUGCUGGGGCACAGGCUAUCAUGGAGCCAUGAUACCCCAUGGGAUACCUGAUGUAGGUGAUGUUAAUGAUGGCACCUCCUGUGGUCAUGACCAGGUGUGUAUUAACAGAACUUGUGUUGAUGUUGUCAACUUGAAGUUUGACUGUUUUCCUAACAAGUGCAAUAGCCGAGGUGUCUGCAACAACAGAAGGAACUGCCACUGCAUGUAUGGCUGGGAACCCCCGUUCUGUGAAGAUGUAGGAUUUGGUGGGAGCAUUGACAGUGGACCCCCUGGACCCAUGGCAGAGGAAAUGUUCCCAUCAUUUCGAGUUAAGUAUAUUAUGUUGAUACGUGUUUUUUUAUUCGUCAUCUCAGUGAUCUUUGUGGUUUUUAAGCAGCUGGUUAAAAAUUUGUUUCAUAAAAACCAGCAAAAAGAACCAGAGCAGGUUCAAUCUGAAACAGAUGAUGACAUGUCAGAAAUGUAAUCAGGCAGCCCUGUCACCUAACACAUUUGGCUACUUAACAAGCUUAUCAUUUAUUCACAUGACUCUUCAUUCUUUUCCUAGAAUGAUUUCACACAAAUUUACCAUGCCUUUAAAAUCAGCAAAAAUAAAUGAUAUUCUUGUUUGGAAACAAAUCAGUGCAUUUUUUCCCCCUAGGAUUCAUUUUCAAUUCAGUUUGGGAUCAGGCGUUGGAUUACCUGAAAAGACUAUUAAUGGCCUAUCUGAAUGCAGUCAGGGAACGACUCAUGUUCAGAGUAUAGUCCUGUCUUAGCAUCCUGGUGAAGUAUGCUGACUUCUCCCCUGUGUGUUUCAGCUUCUUCAGGGCUAGCAUCUACACCUGUGCACAUGCACCUGGGCUGCAUGCACCUGGGCACCCGCUGCAUGCACCUGGGCUGCAUGCAUCUGGGCACCUGCUGCAGGAUACUUGGUGAUAUCACAUUUUAUAAAUGAAAAAAAAAACAAAAACAAAAAAAAACAGCCCAUGUGUUACAAGGGUUGAUCUCUUCAGCGAGACUUUCUGUCAUAUUUCUUCUGGUGGAUACAGCUCUGUCUGUUGCUGUGUGGUUUCUGACUUGCUGUUUGAGGUGAUCUCCAGUGGGACCGCUAUCCUGAACUGUCAUGACACCUGCAUUUCUGUACAGCCUAGAGAAGAUGACAGUCCUUAGCAGUGUUGGGAGCAUGGCUAUUAACAAAAUUUAAUGUUUGCUGUGUUUUUUGUUUGUUGGUUAACUUGAGCCUCAAUUGAGAAACUGCCUCCAUCAGACUGGCCUGUAGGCAAGUCUGUGGAGCAUUUUCUUGAUUCAUAGUUGUUGUGGAAGGAC